GGGAACGACUUUUCCUCUCCAAUCUCAAUGUCUGAUUCAUUCAACUCGCCAGCUAACCUAUUUUGUUAUAGGUUCUGCCUCUUCCUCCCUUGCAUAUACUCCGAGGUAAGAGAAUACCUGGAUAGUUCACCAUGGAUGGUUGGCUUCAGAUCAGAUAUACUCUGAACAGCAUGUCAUGUGAUAUACUGGCUUGGCAUCUAGCGGCAGGUCAUGUGCUCAACAGUCGCCGAAGCGGUGACCCCCUGGACAAACAAAACAAACACAAACACUGGCUGCCGCUUUCUCGCUAAGCCAGAGUGGUCGUCACCUCACCGUUGUUCCAUCGCUUCCUGGUUGCUGUGAUCGCAUUCAAACUCCCCCCGAUCUUCGUUGCGUCUGUGCUUCUGGCUCUCCCCUUCCACGUCCUUCGCUUCCUUAGUCCAACUUAUAACCUCUCGAUAUCACCCCUUGCCUCUUAUCUUUCCCGAUCUCAACCUAACCGUCGACCAUGACUUCUGAGCGUGAGAACAAAACAUUCCUCGCCCGCCUCUGCGAGCAGGCCGAGCGUUACGAUGAGAUGGUCACGUAUAUGAAGGAAGUCGCCAACAUUGGCGGCGAACUUACCGUUGACGAGCGUAACCUUCUCUCUGUCGCCUACAAGAACGUCGUCGGUACUCGACGUGCCUCGUGGCGUAUCAUCUCCUCCAUUGAACAGAAGGAGGAAUCUAAGGGCUCUGAGCAGCACGUCAGCAUUAUCCGCGAGUACCGUCAAAAGAUCGAGACCGAGCUUGAGAAGGUCUGCCAAGACGUUCUCGAUGUACUGGACGAGUCCCUCAUCCCUAAGGCUGAGACAGGCGAGUCUAAGGUGUUCUACUACAAGAUGAAGGGUGACUACCACCGCUACCUUGCUGAAUUCGCGUCUGGCAACAAGCGCAAGCUUGCCGCCACCGCUGCCCACGAGGCUUACAAGAACGCAACCGACGUUGCUCAGACUGAGCUUACCCCCACGCACCCCAUCCGCCUGGGACUUGCCCUGAACUUCUCCGUGUUUUACUACGAGAUCCUGAACUCCCCUGACCGUGCCUGCCACCUUGCCAAGCAGGCUUUCGAUGACGCUAUUGCGGAGCUGGACUCACUUUCCGAGGAAAGCUACCGUGAUAGCACUCUCAUCAUGCAGUUGCUGCGUGAUAACCUUACUCUGUGGACUUCGUCCGACGGCAACGAACCCGAGAACGUGUCUGCCCCCAAGGAGGAGAAGCCUGAGGAGGACGCUGCUGCUCCCGAGGAGAAGCCCGAGGAAGCCAAGGCUCCCGAGUCGUAAGGGCGGUGUUUCCCUUUUACUGCUUUGUUGUAUCAAAAACCGCGUUAAGUGCUCGGCGUCUUUGCUGGACGUGCGAAUACACCCCUGGAAGUGUUUUGCAAAGGUCUUUUUUAGCUGCGUGACAGGUUUGGACCGGCACUUAUCUUCCACUUGUUCGGAAUUAUCUGGGUCGGCCAGCGGAGUUUGACAUUCGGAGAGCGGAGGAAAGGGGCGAAGUGGACGUUAUCUAUCUCUCUUUUAUUCUCUCUUUUUUAUUCCCACCCCAGCAAGAUACAAUGUGUUAGUCCACGUUUUCUCACUUAUCGCCUUCCACCGUUGACCCCUUGCCCUUUUCCUCCUUGUUGUUUUCCAUACAAUCAGAGGCCAUAGCUUCAAUAUCUGAACCGAAGUAGUUGAUAUU